AAGGGGGACAUUUUUAGAUGUUGUACAAAUCUUUCUGACGUAAUCUACACUUAGCCAGGAAGCUCAUUGCUUUAAGUCAGGCGGCGUAGUAGCCGUCAAACAACAAACUAAAGUAUACUCUAUUUCGGAUCAUGUUCCAGAGUGCCUGCAGAAAGUUGGGUUCAGUAAGUUGCAAUCUUCAUAAAGCCAGUAUUUAUGGAUCAUUGAUACAUGCAACAAGGCCUUUGCAAAUAGCUUUUGCCAGGACUUUCACUGACGGCGUGAAGGACAUCAACGCAGACAACAAACCCCAGUUUGAUAUCUCCUUACUGGAAUUUCUCGUCUGUCCGCUAUCCAAAAAAGCACUGAGGUACGACGAGACGACGAAUGAACUGGUAAACGAUGAACUUGGCAUAGCUUAUCCUGUAAUCGGUGGAAUUCCCAACAUGGUACCACAAGACGCCAGAAUGAUUCGGAAAGAUUCAGAAGAAAAGGAAAACCAGACGAAGGAAUAAUCCGGAAAACGAACACACUUCCAAAAUAUUGUAUCAUUGGACCGAAACUGUACGUGCUAAAAAUCGAACACUAUGGUGUUUUCACUGUCUACCGUGACUGUACUGGUCCCAAUCGUCUCACUUUUGGGACUGUUCUAUUCUGCGAGUGUAGACGAGAGUUUUCCGCAGGGGUGUACCAGCACAAGCAGUGUGUGCUUCUACAGUCUGCUAUUACCUGUCACCAUCCCAGUCUACGUUUUCUUCCACUUGUGGAAGUGGAUGGGAAUUAAAUUAUUCAGACACAAUUAGCGCUGUUAAGAAUGAAAAGCUAAAAGUUGUACGGUGCGGAUGGCAAAUAAAGACAGUCGUUUAUGACAACACGUGA